AUGCUCUGUCUCUCUCUAGAUAAAAUAGAUGAUGAUUUUGAGUUGAGCAUUGUGUGUCAUCGGCCAGAAGGGCUGGAUAAACUAGAGGCUCAGACCAACUUCAGCAAGCAAGAGCUGCAAGUGCUCUACCGAGGCUUCAAAAACGAGUGCCCUAGUGGGGUGGUGAAUGAGGACACCUUCAAACAAAUAUACGCACAGUUCUUUCCCCAUGGAGAUGCCAGUACCUACGCACACUACCUGUUCAACACCUUUGACUCAGCACACAGUGGAUCCAUCAAGUUUGAGGACUUUAUCAUGGCGUUGUCCACCCUGCUGAGGGGUUCAGUGAGGGAGAAACUGACGUGGACAUUCAACCUGUACGACAUCAACAGYGAUGGCUACAUCAACAAGGAGGAGAUGACAGACAUCGUCAGAGCGAUAUAUGACAUGAUGGGGAAGUACACCUACCCUGCCCUGAAGACAGACACCCCCAAACAACAUGUGGAUGCCUUCUUCCAGAAGAUGGACAAGAACAGAGAUGGAGUAGUCACUCUGGACGAGUUCAUUCUGUCCUGCCAGGAGGACGAAAACAUCAUGAGGUCCCUGCAGCUCUUCAAAAAUGUCAUUUAGACCACACAGAGAAAAGACACAGAGAAAGAAAGACCGGGAGGGAUUGGAAGAGAUGCUUGAACUGUGAGAAGGAAAAGCAGCCCGCCAUUUAAUGGAAAAAAGAGGCACAAAUAAACUUUGUUGUCACCAUGGUUACGAGAGGUACUCAACACCGGCUGCCCAACAACAGCUAUACACACCAGUCGUGUGGCACAGUGUCUCACCAUCAUGUUACCAUGGCAGUGACCAUCAAUGGGCUGGGUUAUGACCCUUGCCCUUGACCUCUGACCCCUGUACCUGUUUUUGAACCUCCUGUGACCCUGUAACCUUUCACCCUAGUCCUCUCUGUCUUGUUCUGUUGAUGUUGUUAUGGUUACUGAUCUCUCUGAGAGUGUAUAUCACACCUGUUAGUGUACCUACUGACAUAAACACACACACAGAUUAAGGCAUACACACAUACCUUGGAUUGAAUCCUCAAUCGACUACAAAUAACAAAUACACAAUCAAUACAUUUUCAUCUGUAGAAUUCAUCUGAUCGGUAUUUAACCUUUAAGAAAAAUACAUUUGAACCAAGUCAUUCUUAACCCUGCUAAAUGCAGAACUCCUACCGAAUGUGUGUUAGUGUUAUUCAAUGUUUUUGGUGUUGUGGUAACUUGUGUCAUAGUGUUUUUGGCUUCUAUCUUUCUGUCUGCAAUGAGCUCUUUUAUCUGUGUCGUGGUUGGUCUCUUUUUCUGUCAAUCUAAGUCAUGGCCAGACGACAUCCCGCCCACAGAGCCUGGAUUGGAUGUUAUGUGGCCUAUGAUAGACAUAUACAGUGGUAGGAAGUUAUUGCAAGUCCCAUUUUGAAGUGUAUUCUUAUGUGGGAUAUUACGACUGUGGGAUAUUACGAUAUUCCGACAGUAACAACUCUCAAGACAAUACCCAACCACUCACUGUGACCAGAGAGAGAGAGAGAGAGAGAGAGACCUUGUCACUGAGAAUACAGGAAUAAAGCCAUGAGAGAUGACAAUA